GAUGGUGAAGGAGGAGAGUGAAGAACUGAGUGAAGAUGAGGAGAAACAUCACGUCAAAACUGAAAUCGAAGCUCAGACAAAGACUGAAGAAAGUUUUAUACUGGAAAGAACAGCCGUGAAAUGUUUCCCCUGCACUCAAUGUGGAAAGAGUUUCAGCCACGAAUACAAUCUCAAGUAUCACAUGCAGAUUCACACCGGAGAGAAACCUUACAAGUGUUCAUAUUGCAACAAGAGCUUCAAUUGGUCAGGAAACCUGAACAAUCAUGAGAGGAUCCACACUGGAGUGAAAACACACAGAUGUGAUCAAUGUGGAAAGAGUUUCACAACACCGUCACAUUUUAGAGACCAUCAGAAGAUCCACACUGGUGUGAGAGAGUUCGCGUGCUUUGCAUGCAAUAAGAAUUAUUUCACAUCUGGAGACUUGAAAAAGCAUCAGAAGAUCCACACUGGAGAGAAACCGCAUGUGUGUUCACACUGCAACAAGAGAUUUACUACUUCAAAACAGCUGAAAGUACAUGUGAGGAUUCACACUGGAGAGAAACCGUACACGUGUACUCAGUGUGGGAGGAAUUUCACACAAUUAUCACACCUUAGAGCUCACACAAGGACACACACUGGAGAGAAACCGUUCGUUUGUUCUCAGUGUGGGAAUAGUUUCACACGAUCAUCACACCUCAAAGAUCACAUGAGGAUCCACACUGGAGAGAAAACACACAAGUGUGAUCAGUGCGACAAAACAUUUCUGAGGCCUUCACAUCUAAAGAAACAUCUUAGAGUUCAUACAAAGGAGAAGCCUUAGGGUGCACUCGCACUAUGAUAUCUGGGACGGGAGGGGGGACAGGCGUGCUUCGCCCUGGUUCAAGGUAACUGUACAUUGUGUGAGUACGCCCUUAUUCAUGCUCUGAUUUUGGAAAGAGUUUUACUCUGCAAUUCCAUGUUAAAGGGCACCUAUGGUGAAAAAUCUACUUUUAAAGCUGUUUGGACAGACAUGUGUGUAGAUGUAGUGUAUAGACUGUCAUAUUGGGGUGAUAAACACACCCAGUCCUUUUUUUUUUUUCCAAAUUUAACAACAUAAAAACGGUGGACCAAUUGGAGCGGUUUCCAGAUCGACUGCAACUUGGCGUAGGAGUGCGGUCCCCUCGCCCACCGAAUUGAUUGACAGCUGUGUGUAUUAACAUGUCCCGGUAGUCACGUGUAUAAUCAUAUCAACAAGACCAAGAAUAAAGUUCUUACUGUAGUAUUUCUCACAAAUGCGACGUGAGAUCUGCCUCCUGAGGCAGCCGAGGGCGACUACUGAGGCAUGUUGCUGACAGGCACGUGGAAACGGUGGCCCAGUACAAAAAAUCAGCAACCAAGUUUUACCGCCUAUAAUACAGACACUUCAGACAGCUAUGACAAAUACUCUGAUGGGUGUUUUGAGCUGAAACUUUACAGACACAUUCUGGGGACACAAAAGACUUAUAUUAAAUCUGAAAAAAGGGCUAACCUAGGUGCCCUUUAAAACGCAUCAGAAGAUUCACACUGGAAAGAAACCGUACACUCACUCAGUGUUGGAGGAGUUUUGCACGAUCAUCAACCCUUAAUGAAGAUCCACACUGAAGUGAAAAAGCUCAAAUGUGAUCGAUGCGGCAAGACAGUUUUUAGGCCUUACGAGCUUAAGAAGCACCUUGAUCUUCAUACUGAGGAGAAGCUUUAGUCCUGCAUUUAGAUCUGAGUGCUGCAUUCGAUACUAUAUGUUACAGUAUAUUGUUGGACAGACUUCACUCGUGGGUCUGUUGAUCUAGAACUGUCAAACUGGUUUACAUCGUAUCUUUCCGAGCGCUCUCAGUUUGUCUUUCUGUGUGCCAUUGCAUCGGGCUGUCCCACAGGAAUGCAGUGACAGUAUACACGUAGAAAACGUGAGGUUUUCAUUCAUACACUCAAUUUUUUAUAAACGAAUUAAAAGUGCUGCAUUCACAAA